ACCAUCUCGCGUGGGCUCAGGAGAAGGCUCGGCGCUCAGCUCCCCAUGGCAGCACACCCCGCCUAUGCUCGCAGUGAAAUGAACAGCUUUAAAGAGAGUCCCUCGUCACUGCUCCAGGCACAAAGAUAAAGCCACGGGCUUAUGUAACUCUCUUUUAAAGGAGCCUGAUCCUUGCGCUCACCCUCUGGUUUUGUGAGUUAGCGCUUGCUUUGGGGAUCCGAUUCCGCCGCAGCCAUCCAGGCUCAGCUCCUGCAUCCUGCUCCUGCAUCCUGCUCACCUGCAGUGCCACAGAUGCUCUGUGAAUAUUCAAAGGAGUUAUUCAGGUCUGUUCACUCAGUUGGUUAAACUAAGCUUGAUGGCAGAAAAUCAUUAACUUGAGUCCAAGGAGCUACAUACAGAUGUGUUAGAUUCUGCAGCGUCACACAUGGCCAAUGAAUCGAGGCCCUGCCCAUGUGAUAUUGGGGACAGGUUUGACUAUGGAGGCCGUGGGCAGGAGGUACAAGUUGGGCACAUCAAGGCGUAUGUCUGCAAACCUUCUGCCAGCACUGACAAAGCUGUGAUUGUGAUUCACGAUAUAUUUGGAUGGCAGCUCCCAAACACCAGAUACAUCGCUGAUAUGCUAGCAACUAAUGGAUACAUAGCCAUCUGCCCAGAUUUUUUUGUGGGACAAGAAGCUUGGAAACCUUCUAACGACUGGGCAACUUUCAAUGAUUGGGUGAAAACACGAGAUGCCGGCAAAACAGACAAAGAAGUUGAUGUCGUCCUCAAGUAUCUAAAGGACCAAUGUGGUGCAAAGAAGAUUGGUGUCAUUGGGUUUUGCUGGGGUGGAGCAGCAGUGCAACAUCUGAUGCUGAAAAAUCCUCACUUAAAGACUGGAGUGUCCAUCUAUGGAGUGAUCAGCCGUUUUGAGGACAAACACAGUUUGCUGCAUCCUACCUUCUUCAUUUUUGGCGAGAAGGAUGACGUUAUUCCAUUGGAGCAGGUCACCUCGCUGGAGCAGAAGCUUAAACAAAACUGUAAAGUUGAUUAUGAAGUUAAAAUUUACCCUGGACAGACACAUGGGUUUGUGCAUCGCAAAAGAGAAGAUAUCAAUCCUCAAGACAAACCUUAUAUUGAGGAAGGAAGAAAGGAUAUGAUCAACUGGCUGAAUAAAUAUCUUUAGAUUAAAUUAAUGGCAUUAAACAAAAUCAAUUGUUGUAGGAAAUCAGAAAAUAAUACAGGCUAUAUUGCUUAAGAUGUUUUUACAACCAUAAAAAUAUUUUGUAAAACUCUUCUGCAAUAACACUACUUAUUUGCUCUUACCUUCUAAGUAGGGGCUUAGAAAUGAUUUUUCAAAUGCUGAAAGCUAUAAAUGUAAAGCAGGUUUUUAACACUGGUCUUGUAUAUUUUAAAAUUAUUAGAAUUUCUUAUUGCAUAUUUUCCAGCACCUGAAAGUUUAAAUUUUUUAUAUCAAUGUCAACACUAUUAAAAAUCAUUGAAACUCUG